AUGGCUAGCGGUAGACAGAGACUUAGGAAUCUUACGCCUAGAAACUCUUACGCGAAUACCUUUCUCGGACAGGCAUAUGACCCUGCAGCUUACUAUCCGCAGUUUGAUGACCCUGCUCCAUUCUAUCCCCAGUACGAUGAAACUCCACAGCAGCCUCGGCAUGAUCAGCAUCAUUCUCCACACCAUCCUCAGCAGAAGUUUACUGCUCCCGAAGCUGCUCCGGCUCCUGCAGCUGUUCAUCCAGAUUUGAUGGUGCCAUCGGAUGCACCAUAUGCAAGAUAUACAGUGGAAGACCUUCUCCAGAUGCCGGGACGAGAAGGUUUACCAAUCAUCAAUCAAGAUCGACCACCCAACACUUACUGGUUUUUGACGGACAAUUGUGUGGGACAGAGCGUUGGAGAUAUCAUCAGGACAAACUUCCGGGAAGCGCAUCCGAAUUGGUCUCUUACACCAGAUCAUGUUCGGAGGACUUGGUUCAAGUGCUUCGCGGAAGCGUUCUACAAAAAGGCGAUGGCUCGCCUAAAGAACAUUGUUGGUGAUUGGAAGGAGAAGUGGAGGGUUCUGGGGGAUGACGCAAAAGAAGCAAACCUCAGCAAUGACGUUUGGAAGGGCUUGAAGGCUUAUUGGAAUUUGCCUAAGUCAAUUCAAAGGUCUCUCACUUGCUCAACGGCCCGGUUGACCCGUGAUGAAGAUGGUAACCUGCCAAUACCUCAUACUUCCGAACAGAUUCCACACGCUGGGAGGGCACUACAAAUUGCUGCCCAAGAAGGAGCACCACCAUCUCUGGCCCGAGUUUACAGGACGACACACCAGCUUUCUGAUGGCACCUUUUCGCAUCCUCAAGCAGAGAGGAUCUGA